AACGUUGUGUCGCUUUACCGGCGGUGAUAAGGCGCUGCCAGAGCUGGCAACAACAUACGUUCUGCUUCACGGAACCCGUGCAGCUGAAACCAACCAAUAUGGAGCCGUGACGGGCCGGACCGGAACGCGGAUUCAUGCUCGGUAGGUGACCGGAGCCCGAGCUACUUUUCGCCGUCGAGCUGAGAGCCGCUAACGGCCGCGCGGGUCGCUGGAGAAGCUACAAUGAGCUCGGAGCGCCAGAGCGACAGCGAGGACGCCGACGAGUCGCAGGACAGGCCCGACGGCGGCAGCGACAAAGACGAGGACCCCGAUAUCGACGACUCGGACGAGGACGAUGACAUCGCCCAGAGGGUUUCUCCUCCGCCGCCUGGGAGCACCGAGAACCGGCCGGGGCGCGGCGAGGGCUCCCCCGCGCCAGAGGAGCGAGAGCCCCGCUGCCCACCGGCCGCCGCCACCGCGCCGCAGAAGGGGAGCGGCGGCAGCGACGGCGGGGGCUCCGGCACCGACAUGGGCCGGGGGAGCAGCCUGUUCUCCUGGCUGCAGAGCAGGACUAUAAGACGGGGGGUGUUUGUGGACCCGGCCCGGGACAACUUCAGGACAAUGACCAGCCUGUACUGCUCCAUGAAUCCGGCUGUGGAGUCGGUGGACCUGAGCACCAAGACCCAUGGAGCCGUGUUCAACCUGGAGUACUCCCCGGACGGGUCUGUUCUGACCGUGGCCUGUGAGCAGACCGAGGUCCUCCUGUUUGAUCCCAUCUCAUCCAGACACAUCAAGACCCUGACGGAGGCCCACGAGGACUGCGUCAACAACAUACGGUUUUUGGACAAUCGCCUGUUUGCCACCUGCUCCGACGACACCACAAUAGCAUUAUGGGAUCUCCGGAAGCUGAACUCGAAGGUUUGCUCGCUGCACGGCCACGCCAGCUGGGUGAAGAACAUCGAGUACGACACCAACACCCGGCUGCUCGUCACGUCCGGCUUCGACGGCAACGUCAUCACGUGGGACACUAACAGGUUUACUGAGGACGGCUGCCCGCACAAAAAGUUCUUCCACACUCGCUACCUGAUGAGGAUGCGUCUGACGCCCGACUGUUCCAAGAUGCUGAUUUCUACUUCCUCAGGCUACCUGCUGAUCCUCCACGACCUGGACCUCACCCAGUCCCUGGAGGUGGGCAGCUACCGGAUGCUGCGAGCUCGACGGACCCCCCUCAGCUCAGAUGGAGGCACGUCAGCGUCCAGGUCGGCCAGCACUCCUCGCCAGGGAAACGACUCCAGUAAGAUCCAUCCUCACAGAGAAGGCCUUUCACCCAGGAACAGCCUGGAGGUUCUGACUCCAGAGAUCCCAGGAGAGAGGGACCGAGGGAACUGCAUCACCUCCCUGCAGCUGCACCCGAAAGGCUGGGCGACGCUGAUCCGCUGCUCCAGCAACAUGGACGACCAGGAGUGGACUUGUGUCUACGAGUUCCAGGAGGGAGCCCCCACCCGUCCGCUGGUGUCGCCCCGCUGCUCGCUCCGCCUCACCCACUACAUCGAGGAGGCCAACGUGGGCCGAGGCUACAUCAAGGAGCUGUGCUUCAGCCCCGACGGCCGGCUCAUCUGCUCUCCGUACGGCUACGGCGUCCGGCUGCUGGCCUUCGACGAGCGCUGUGGCGAGCUGGCCGACUGCAUGCCCGUCCAGACCAGCUGCCUCAGGGAGGUCCGCUCCAUCUACUCGCACAGCGAUGUGGUUCUCACCACAAAGUUCUCCCCAACGCACUGCCAGCUGGCCUCGGGCUGCCUCAGCGGACGCGUGGCUCUUUACCAGCCCAAGUUUUAGCAUCCGACACUGAAGAACGACACUCUGCAGACCUGGGUGAAGAAGUGCUCAUCAGGGCUGCUGCACAGAAAUGUAUCACAGAAGCAUUUACCUGUUGAUAAUUAUUGAUAGUUACUCAAAAUUUUUGUGUAUCCAAACCAUCAAAGCAAACUGUUUUUUUUUUUUUUUUUAAAUUCUCAAAAAUGUCCCCAAAUGGAAUACCUGGCAUUUGUUUUAAAGUGCUCCGUAAGCCAAAUGAGAGGGAUUCCACGCUCCUGGAGAUCUUUUAAACACCAAGUUUAGUAUUGUGAUCAUCUAUAUGGAAAGCAGCCCUGAAAAAGUACUUCUACACUCAGGUCUGCAGCUGUGAAGCAGGCUGAGGAAGUACUCUCUACUCGCAGCCCUUUGAUAAGCUGCAUCAGCCUCUGAACAUCAAGAAAAAAAAAAGGCAGUUGGGCUUUGCAAACUAGACUCCGACCCAGACCGAGGAGCGAGUUUGGAGUCCAAACGCGGAAGCUCUGGAGCUGCAUUCGAACUCUGCGGCUCUUUUUCAUACUAAAGGUUGAUUUUGGUCUCUAUAGCAGUAGGAUUUUUUUUUUUUUUUGAGACUCGGCACAUCCAGAUGUUGCCGUCUCAGGACAAAACGAACACUAAAGGAUGCAAACAGACAGACGACAAACCCAUAAAGCCUGAAGCGUCCUCCGCUGCGCAUCCUGUCGCUCUCUGCUGCUCUGCUCAUGCCUUUUUUUCCACAGGUGCUGCUUCUCUGCUCAUACAAUCUGAACUCCAGACUUCAAGGACCUCAUCAUCAGCAUCAUCUUCGACGCCUUUACCUUUCUUUUUUUGUUUUUUCCUCCUUCCUUAACCUUUUUUAGCAAGUUUUACUGAUGUAAUGAUGUUGGCACUACUCAUAGCACGGUGUUUUCCAUUGAUUCUGCGCUUUUGUGGUGUCCAUUUUACAUCGGAAUCAGUUCUCAUUUCACUUCAUUUCACUGUUUUUGUGUUUAAAAAAAAAAAAAAAAAAAACUCCAGCUGCUGUCAGUACCCAGUUUCUGUACAAACAAAAUUGUACUUGCAAUCAUGCAGUUCUUUCCUACAACACAAGGCUGGCAUUAUUAUAUAUUUUCACAACUGAAACAUCUGGCUUUUAUCGUAUAUUUGUUCGGGGCUACUUCCAGCAGCAAAAUAAUACACAUUAAUACAAUUUUGGUCCACUCAGGAGUAUUUUCAGCUCCAGAAAGUUACAACUACUGUGCUCUUGUGUGACUGACUAAUGUGUUUUUAAUAGUUUUGUGGACAACAUCGAAGAAAUAAGCUAUUUCAGGCUUUGGAGGAACGGGUAAUAUUCGCUGGAUUAACUCGUCGUUAUUGGGGAUUUACUGACUCCAAGAAAAAUGUAAAAUACUGCCAGCCCUCUUCUUCAGCUGCCUCGUUUAUUUACCUGUUGCCAAGAGAUGUGAAGUAUUUUUUUGUCCCUGAAUCUUAUUUUGUUCACUCUAUGUUCCCAUCACUUGAAGUUUUUAGUGUUGUCAUGAAGCUGACCACCCAGGCUUUUUUUUUUUUUUUUUUUUUUUAAAUAUUUUCCUCUCUACCGAGCGCUUUGACUGUUCUAGUAUCAGCAACGCUUUUGUGUUUUCAACCAGUGUAGUAUAGCUGCUGUAAGCACACGCCUGAUUGUAAACUGGCUGCAGUAACGUACUGACUGACCGCAGAAUAGAUAAUAACUCGCUGUUAGAAACAAACAAAACAAAAAGAUAGACAUAAGCCUAUACUACUAUGCAUACCCGCCUUUAUGAAGAUUCUCCUUUCUUGUUUAUGCGAGGCUCUGUGUUUGAGCUAUCAGAUGCCAAAAUGUGUUUUUUGCUUGGAGUUGUCUGUAGUGAACCGUGAGCUGAGAGCGAAAAAGAGAACAUCUGCUAUUCAAAAAUAGGAAAAAAUGUGAAUUUUUUGAGGAAUUGUUGGAGAACACGCUUUCUGGUGAUGUCUUUAUGGUGUUUGAUACGACUCAGCUAUUGUAAUUGCAGUUUUCUGACCGAUAUUGCAAUUUGAACCAGAAUUUAUUUGUUUAAAGUCAAGCUUCAGUUUGAUAUUCACCAUUUAGUAUAUUUUAAAUAUGUGAUGAAGCAUUGCAGCAGGCGAAACAAUCAAAAACGUGACUGUCACACAAAGAGGAAAGCAUGUAUUUGUCAAACCUUUAAUACAUUUUAAAACCUGGUUCAGAUACACUGCAUACUCAGUGUUUCAAAUUGCAAUUUUACACCAUUUCAUUGUGCAUCUCUUGUGUUAAAUCAGAUUUUGUGGCAUUGAUGUUACUUUGGACAAGUGGUUGUUGAUAUCUGUGUUAUUCAGACUUUAAAACAGGUGACAAAAAGGUUUGUAUACCUAACAAUAUUCAGAUCCUACAUGUUUUAGCUCCAGGUACAAUUAGGUGAUGAUUUUAGACCUAUAAUGUGAGCAUUUGCAGCUUUUAAAAUAAGUUGCUGCAGAUGUGUAAGAGCGCUGCAGCUAAUAUUAAUUUCCAUUGUUGACUUUUUAUCCUGAUUAAUGGAGGAGUUGUUUGGUCUAUAAAAUAUCAUAAAAGGGUGAAAAAUGUUGAUCACUGUUUCCCAAAGUCUAUAAUGAUGGAUUCAAUUAUCUUGUUUUGUCCACAACCCAAAGAUAUUCAGUUUAAAGUCAUCGAGAAGUAAAGAAAGUAGAAAAUGUCCACUUUUACUUUGUAAAUGCAAAGCUAGCAUCCGGUUAGCUUAGCAUAAAGACUGUAAAUGUAGGAAAUUAGCUUUUUUUUUAACGCGUUUUAGCUCCGACAAAAUCCACGGACAGCACCUCCAAAAGUCAGCAAUUAACGGUUGUAUAUAUUUUUGUUUAAUGCUUACGCAUAAAAACCGUAAAAGUGUAAAUUCAACAUUUUUGGGGGUUCGUCUAUUUCUUGGGUGGGAUCAGUAACUUCCCUGGCCCCUCUACUGGUUGUUUGGCAACGUCACAUAACCGUUGUUUAAAUGGUAAAUUGUGGGUGUUGCACUUCGGGUUUUGUAUAGUUGAAACAAACAAGAUAUGAAGUGUUCACAUGUGAGUUUCGGAUGUGCAGGUAGAUGGGUUUUCAAAAAAAAAAGUCAAGCUAGCUGUUUUCUAAUGUAUUUCACUUUUGCUAAGAAGCUAAUGCUAACCGGCUGCUAGCGUGCUAGCUUCGUAUUAGCCGUGAACUCACCGCCAGAAAACAUUUUGGAAAAAAAAAAAAGAGGAAUUGUGUGUUUUAGUGUGAAAAGAUGAAGUUGUCAAAACAGCAGAUGUGAUUCUACAGUUCCCAGCUCACAACAUGGUCCUGUAAGUAAAGAGAAAGGAUGCUUUUAACACGUUGUACCUCAGUUUACUGCUCAAAAUAUGUGUGUUUUUCCACUGUAGGCUCAAUUUCACCUUCAGCUCAGUCAAUUCAGGGAGUUUUGUUUUCUGCAGUAGCUGAAUUUCUCGUUUUAAACAAAUUACAAAUCCAAAAUUCAUCAGUACACUCCGACAUUUCUUAAUUUAAUUGACUGAGCUGACUGUUAAAGGAUGCUUUGUAUUCACUGCUGCUUUUAUUUCAAUUCCACUCCCAAGCUCUUCCCAGAGAAGUGUCUUAUCUGCCAUUUUCACUUCAGGUAUAGCAACUAUAAACCUGGGUUCAUUCUUAUGGAUUGCAUUUUUUUUUUUUGUUUAAUUUUUUUGUCCAGUUCUGGGUUUUAACCUGUGCUCAGCUGUGGGUUAAAUGAAUGUUCCCGGUAGUUCUGUUGUGUUCGCCUAGGCUGGAGGAAAGGUAGACAAGACAUGAAAACAUGUUGAAUAUUGUUGGCACUGUUGUUUCCUACAUGACUAUUUACAGCAAGUAAUCCGACCAGUGAUACUAAACAUGGUACUUACUAUCACAGAAAUAAAAGUUAGCUUCUUUUGCA